AUGACCCCCCAAGCGUCCACCAACGGCGCACUGGCGGUACCCCGAAUGGAUGACGAAGGAGGGCAUAGAUCCCCAGUCUGCUCUUCUCCACAAGAAGAGGCAGAAUAUGCGGCAAAUUUUUAUCGCGUUGUUGAGGAAGGACAACCAGACUGUUUGAUGACAGCAAUGACAGACCCACGGUCGGCGGGGCUGGUUGGGUCACUACCCCAGACAACCUUCUUCGAGGCGCUCCACCGACUCUCCCCGACCCAUUUUGUGGAGCCCUUCCGCGACCUCCACCACCCCUUACAUUCUUGGACGAUCCUGCUCUCAGGCCUCAAGCAACUAGAAUCGCAUUUCGAUGACUUUACCGCCAAUUUGCUCACAAUUGUCGGCUAUCGAGCCGCCGUGCAGCCCUUGCAACUGGCAGAGUACACCCAUCUCUUAGACUGUGCUCGGUCAAUGGGGAAUGCACCUUUUGCAGUCGAGAUCUGGGAGUCAAUGGAGAGGCGGGAAGUCGCCCCGGAUACAGCAUGCUACAACCACUACAUGGAGGCCCUAGUCUGGGACCACUGCUACACGGGAAAGGAAGCAUACAAUCUCCGUAUCACUCCGCACUCUUAUCGUAAACGUCGCAAGGGGACAGUUGGCUGGCAAGGUUUUACCACCGGAAAUCCCAAGAGCGUUCGCCACGCUGUUCUGAAAAUCUAUAAUACCAUGCUAGAACAAGGAAUCUUGCCGGAUGAGCGCACCUAUAUCAACAUUCUGAUUGCAGGUGCGCGAGUCGGUCACAACAAAGGGAUGCGUGAGAUUCUCAAAACGGUGUGGAACAUCGACAUGUCCGCAAUGAGAGCCGAAGAAGACUCGUCAAAGCUACCCCCUCUCACCCCGUACGACCCAUGGUCGGCACUGCAUCCGACUGAAAAUCUUCUUUUUGCGAUCGCCCACGCCUUUGGCACCAACAACGACAUCCCUAGUGCGAUACGGCUGAUACAACAUAUCUCAUCUACCUACAAUGUUCCCAUCACAGAGAGAGUGUGGACGGAGCUCCUCCAGCGAGCAUAUGUCUUGUGCAGAGCGGGAAUGACAGACAAUGACUCCGAAAAGGCCAAAUUUGCAGGCACGGUUGGGCGCGUACCUAUGGACCUGGUUCAGUCUAUAUUCGGUGUCCUAACCUCCGCACCAUACAACUUCCUUCCGAGUCUUCAGGCAUGUCGAUAUAUGUUGAACAUCAGCAUGCACAACGGAAACUAUGAAGAAAGCAAGAUGGUCCUUCGAGGCGCCUACAGGGUCCUACAGGAGACGAGGAAAAAGCAAGCCGACGCCCGAAAGGCCGUCUUAAGACUUCUGAUACCACUGAUGGAAGCUGCCGAAGAACGAGCGGCGAUUGGUCAUCCCGUUGACGAGGACGAGUUUUUCGCGUGUCCUAUACUCGCCGACGCCGUCCACGCCUACGAUCUGCUCCAAUUAGAAGAAUUCCAAAAGGCUUAUCAACUCAAACGUUGCUGCUGGGCAGUGUUAAAGGCCAAGGGCUGGAAUGACAUCUCGGACUACGAAUGGCGAACGCAGGAGGUACCUAAGAUUAUGGAAGAGUGGCACGAUUUUCUGCCAGAGAUGAAAGAUGUCUAUAUGGGCAAAGAUAGCGGAGUGCUCUUGAUACAUGGUCGCACAAAUCUACAAUCGCGCAACUGGUUACUCGACCCGAGGAAGGUACCGGUACGACGACUAGCCAACAAGAAGAAGCUGUUUGCCCAGGCGGAGACACCCCGCCUAUCGGAGAGUAGGAUCUGGCGGAUUGUUCGCGCGCGGUAUCCCUCUUGCAAUAGACAGUCGGAGCGUCUCAAGAGGCUCUUCUGGUUCCAGGCGUCCCUAUCUCCCGAGUUGAUUGAAACUGUCCAGGAGCUUCGCUCUACUUGGACUGAGUAUCCCGAUGACUCGCCCUGGGGAAAGAAGAACCGGCCUGGCGCCGGUUUCUAUGGUCGUCUUGCAGCAUUAGGUAUGCUGAAGACUGAAAAACGGGGCAUUUACUUUCGCAGUGAAGGGAGCUUGGUGUGA